AUGGAUGAAAACACAUCUCCUGGUCAGCUAAUGGAUGACCAAGAAUCCAUAGUGUCUGUCAAAGGCCUGAAGGACAACUGGCAGAAGUGGUCUGAUAAUCACAAGGAGCACCAGAAACACAACCCCUUCAGUCACGACACCAGGCCCAUGGCAGUGGUCCCUCAGAGGGGUCACGAUGACUACGGGAGGCCCCUGCAGGGUUCGCUGACGGCACAACGUGGGAAGGAUGCUCACACACACAUCAGCAGAGAGGUUCAGGAGUUGUGUGAUGUGAUAAAAGACAUUGGGGUGCACGGAGACAAACAAGGGAAUGGGGGAGAUAUCUCGGUAGAAUUUGGCAAGCUGUUUGAGCAUUACGUGACUAUCUCCAACAAACUGGUGGGGAUUUUACUCAGAGCCCGGAAGCAGAAGCUAGUUGAUUUUGAGGGGGAGAUGCUGUGGCAAGGGAAAGAUGAUCAUGUUGUGAUUACUCUAUUGCAGUGA